AUGAGUAAUAUUUACAUUCAAGAACCAGCUACUUGUGGAAAAGUUGUUUUAAAAACAACUGUUGGUGAUAUUGAAAUUCAACUGUUUUCAAAAGAAUGUCCAUUAGCAUGUCAAAAUUUUGUUCAAUUAUGUAUGGAUGGUUAUUACGAUGGAACUAUUUUUCAUCGAGUUGUACCUAAUUCUAUUGCAGAAGGUGGUGAUCCAACUGGGAGCGGUGAAGGAGGUGAAUUUGCAACUAGUGUAUUCUUUCCAGAUGAAUUUGAUUCAAGAUUAUGUUAUAAUCGUCGUGGUCUUGUUGGUAUGGUUAAUCAAGGACCAAAUACAAAUGCUGGCCAAUUCUUUUUUACAUUGGGUACUACGCCGGAACUUGAGAAAAAGAAUACAUUAUUUGGAAAAGUUGUUGGUAAUACUUUAUUUAAUAUGCUAAAAUUAGGUGAAGGAGAAAUAAUUGGUGAAACACCGGUGCAUAAACAUAAAAUAAUUAAAACAGAGAUUAUAUCAAAUCCAUUUGAUAAUAUGGAACCACGACCUCGAUCUAAACCACAAAUUAUUGAUGAUAAUGAUGAAGAGAAUAAAAAAUCAAAACAAACUGUAUCUGCUAAAGCAAUAAAAAAUUAUGAUCUUCUUUCAUUUGAAGAUGAAGGUGAAGAAGAAAUAACAAAAAUUUCAGUCAAAUUUAAAGAAAAAGAAACUGGAAAAAGUGCACAUGAUUUAACAAAUGAUUCAACAUUAAAUAAAAAUACAGUUCGAUUAGAUAAAGAUAAUGAUGAAGAAUUAUCAAUAAAAAAACAACAAUCAAAACCAAAAGAAAAAACUGAUGAAGAUUUUGACAAAGAAGAACUUGAUCGUGUAGGACAAAGAUUUAAUGCAAAAACAUUAUCAAAACAAGAAAAGAGAAAAUCAGUUGUACUUGAUGCAGAUGAUGAUGAUAAUAAUAAUAAUCAACAAGAUAUUUCAUCAUCAAAAUCAAAUGAAAAUAUUAAAUUUGAAAUUGAACGAUUCAAAAAAGUAUCGAAAAAAUCAUCAAUACGUGUUGAACCAUCAGAAGAUACUGUUAAAGAAGAAAAAGAAUCUGCAUCUCAUCCUAUUCAACAAAUUACUACAGAUACUUUUAUAGUAAUGGAUGAAUCCAUGGCUGGUACAAGACGAAAUAAUCAAAAAACUGAUAGCAAUGAUUCCAAUUCAAAAGAAUCUCAAAUAAUCAACGUGUCUCCUAGUAAAUUCAGUCAGCCACCAUCACCCCUACAACCAAAAACACCAAAAUAUAAUUUACGAUCAAAGAAAAUGACUGAUGAGAACAUUGAUCAUUCGAUUGAGAAGUCGAAUGACAUGAAAAUUAAUGAAGGCAUUAUUAUAAGUGUAACAGAUUUAAUUAAUUUAUUAUAUGCACUGAUCAAAUACAAGAACAUCAAACCAAGACAAGCUCGUUUUGAAGAUAUUCAAAAUCAAAUCAAUGAAAUUGAUAAAAUUAUUGAACAAUAUUUAUUUAAAUUACCAUCAUUAACAAGUGUUGAAGAAAAUCAAUUGGUCAUUUCUAACGUCAAAACUAAUAUAAAUGUAGGAAAAAAACAAAUUUAUUAUGUCAUUCUCUAUUACAUAAUCAACAAACAUGGGUCCUAUAUAAAAAAGCAAGCACCAUCUCUAGUUCAUCUUGCUGCUUUUUUUAACUUAUUAGAAUUUCUUAUCGACAAAUAAGUAUGAAUAAAAUUUGAUGAAGAUUGAAAUGGAGGUGAGUGAGAAGUAUUUUUCUGAUGUGUUAUAAAAAAAAUAUCAUUCAUUUGUUUGUUUUAUUUCAGAUGAUGUUUUUAUAUCAUACGUCAUUACAGGUGUUGCAUAUCGCAUUGUCGCAAGUAAUCCAUGUUGUUCUUGUCAAAGUGUCAACGACUUUGUUAGAGUUUCUUCGCAUGGAUUUACACCUGUUGACACAUUCCGUGAAGCAUCUAUUAAUUUUUUUAAAUUGUUACAAUCAAUUUUAUCAACUUCUUUUGUGAUUCAAUUGUAUUGUGAGUUAAUUAAUUAUGAAGAAAAUGUUUCACAAGAAACAAUUGAACAAUCAUUAAAAGACAAUGUUUCAAAAUUGCAAAUGCAUAUGUAUCUUGCGAAUCUUCCGGAUUAUUAUUGUGCAUUAACUC